GUUGAAACAGCAGCGGGAUCUGCACCAUUCAUGUCGUUGCUUGCUCCAUUGGAUUCUGGAGCACAAGAAUCAUUUUGGAGAGCUCCCCCCAGUGCUUCCUCUGUUGAAUUUGUCAUUGUCCUUGGCGAUUUAUCAGAUGUUUGUGGUGUUGUUCUUCUAGUUAGUCCUUGUGGCUACUCGAUGGCAGACGCUCCUGUUGUUCAGAUUUGGGCAAGCAGUAAAAUACACAAGGAAGAAAGAUCAUGUGUGGGGAAAUGGGAUAUUAGAUCUCUGAUCACCUCUUCCUCUGAGCUUUGUGGACAAGAGAAGUCUUCUGAAGUGCCUAGACAUGUAAAAUUUUCUUUCCGUAAUCCUGUCCGAUGCCGCAUGAUUUGGAUAACGUUGCGUCUACAAAAAGUUGGCUCAAGUUCUGUAAAUUUCGAUAAAGACUUUAGCCUUUUGUCCUUAGAGGAGAACCCAUUUGCGGAGCCUGUGAGACGUGCUUCCUUUGGAGGACCAGUUGAAAGUGAACCAUGUCUUCAUGCUAAAAGAAUCUUGGUGGUUGGAAGCCCAUUGAGGAAAGAUGCAGCGGCACCAAGUCAAGGCUCUGACCAGAUAAAUACAAGCGAUUUGUUGGAUAAAGGUCCUCCACUAAACAGAUUUAAGGUUCCCAUUGAGGUUGAGAGGUUAACUGACAACGACCUUGUUUUAGAACAGUUUCUACCCCCAGUUUCACCUAUGCUGGCAGGUUUUCGUCUUGACGGUUUUAGUGCAAUAAAACCUCGAGUCACCCAUUCACCGCCACCUUCACAGGUGAAUCCAUGGGAUGUUUCUUCUUGUAUAUUGGAAGACAGAUUCAUUUGUCCAGCUGUAUUGUACAUUCAAGUGGCUGCUUUCCAGGAACCGCACAAUAUGGUUACCGUUGCAGAAUACAGACUACCGGAAGUGAAGGCGGGGACAGCAAUGUACUUUGAUUUUCCUAGACAACUUAGUACUCGUCGAAUGUCAUUUAGACUUGUUGGAGAUGUUGGUGCAUUUACUGAUGAUCCAUCAGAGCAGGAUGACUCGGAUGGUAGGGUCCGCAUUGUGGCAGCAGGACUCUCUUUGGCUAAUAGAAUCAAGUUGUAUUAUUAUGCUGAUCCCUACGAGCUCGGAAAAUGGGCGAGUCUUUCAGUUGUUUGACUAGGAGAAUCAAACCAAGUAAGUUACUGGUUAGUUGUUACAUGAUUCAUUUUGUAAUUUACGAGUCUUUAUUCUUCUUGCUGUGCUUUCAACUGCUUCUUCAAAAUGUUAUUGAUUCAUUUCAUGUUAAUUUGUAUAGGAGAGAGAACCCCAUUUCUGUUAAAUCCUGUAUAAUGUAUUAUGGGGGAAGAGUAACAUUUUUGCAAUCCUAUAUAACUUCGAGCUUGUAUUAAGAAGAGAUAUAAUGGAGUUUUCGAUGCUAACAAA